AUGGGCACAAUAGCUUGCCUAAUAUGUAUUACGAUUGGCCCUGUGUUAUCAGCAAUACAUGAUAUUGGUAAAGUACCAUUGGAUCAUAGGUCUCAUUGGAUCAUUCACUGGCCGAGCGUAAUACAUAUGGAGAGUUUUUGGAGUUAUGGGUUUAUUUUUACACUACAAGUAAUCUCUUCUACUUAUACACUUGUGUCUAUUACGUUGUACAAUAUUUACAUGAUUGUAUUUCUAACGGAAUUAAAAGAACAAUUUAAUUUACUUACAAGUGGAAUAAGGGAAGCGUUUAAUUACAGAAUGGAUCAACAUUUUCAAGACUACUUCGUCGAUUGUGUUCGUCACCAUCAGACACUUAUAAAGGCAUUAGACGAAUUUAAGAAAUUUUACAAAUGGAUACUCUUAGGUGAAAUAGUUGCAGUACAAUUCAUAUUUUCAAUAGUGGUAUAUUGCCUUUUAAAAGUGGACGCUUCUUUUGGAUAUAAAUUGAAAUUCAUUGGAGUAUUAGUGAUUAGGCUUGUUAUGCAUAAGCGCCUAUCUACUGAGUUAUAUGCCAUGACGUGGUACCAUAUGCCUAACCAAUACAAAAAAAUGAUAAUUAUUAUGUUUCAACGUACACAAAGAGAUUUAACUAUAAAUUUAGCUAUAUUUCAAAAUAAAGUAGCAUCAAGAAUUAUGUUUUUAGUAAUUAUUAAACAGUUUUACACGUUUUUAAAUGUAUUAUUGAAUAUAUGA